GAUGAUAAUUAAUUACUAUUUUUUUCCUGAUCUCGCCUGGGCAGUGCUUUAGCUAAUGAGAAAUGAAUCGAACGUUACAUAUCCCACAAUGGUCUCCAUUGGUUUAGGGCCACUGGAAAUCUCAACCUUGAUGUAUGAUGGCCAGAGACAAUCAUUUUAAAGAUCUUACUGCACUAUGGAACAUUUAAUGGCUUCUUUGAUAGAAACAAAUGUAUCAAUGAAUGUAUGGGAGGUGUGAGCAUUGAUACUAAAGUUGCCUGCAAGUGGUGUUAUUCCACGUGGGAGGGCGGAAAAUUUUUAUUAAAAGUUGAACCACAAAACAAGAAGAAAUUACACAAAAAGUGUUCACCAUCAACUAAAUAUUUUAAUGUUAUGGUUUUCACAUGUUUGGUGUGUCAGAGAAAAUCGAAAAUUCCUCUGGCCAAAGGGCCUAAACUUAAAAAUUGCAAGAAAAUUAAGAAAACACAAAUAGAAACUGAACACAUUUUAUUUCAGAAAGAGGAAACUAAGAAAGUUAAAAAGAAAAAAAAGAAAGACAAAUUUUGCGGCUUAAAUCCUGCUUUGUUUGGAAACACUCCUCAGUGCCAAGUUGACUCCAAAACCAAAGGUUCGAGUGUUUUGAAAGAUGAAAAUCCAACAUACUUGACUGUAAAUCAACAAAUAAACAAUUCGAUCAAUUGUAUUAAAAAGAACAAAAAGAAAAAGAAGAGGUCCAAAAUGAAAAAGAAGCAACCGUCUUCUGUACAUACUUUUAUAAAUGACUGUUGAAUAUUUUAUAAGUAUAAUGUAAUGAUAUAUUUAUUAUGUGAUAUAUUUUAUUGUUUUAAUUGAAAUUUAUAAAGAAAUAUUGGUGUUUUAUUACUAUUUCUAUUACACUUCAAUUGCAUCUAAAGAGAGGAACAAGAAGGAAAUUAAAUUCUUAUAAAAUAGUGAAAUGUUUAUUUUGUUGAACAAAAAGUGUUUAUUUCAUUUGAUUUAAAA